UGUUUGCGCUUAUUCCCAAUUUAUGGCCGCGGAGCAUAUGGCCGGUGUUCCGCCCCGCGCCAGCCGCCGGGGAGGGGAGCAAACAGCGCGGGGGAUGUGAGGCCGGAGGGAGAAGGAGCGGCCCCGGCACACGACGGAGACAAUGCGGGAGGCGGGGGGCCGCCGCCGGAACCCCCCCGCCUAGGGACACCCCCCCGCCUCGGGACCCCCACCCAGGUGAGCCUCGGGGGGGAGCGGGGGGCGGCGGGGACACCCUCCCGCGUAGGGACCCCUGCCCAGGUUCAUGUGUGGGGACCAGCCUUAUAUGGACUCCUCGCUCCAGCAAUGGCUCGGGAUUUUCUAACGGCAGGCGCGGGUUCGGCGCGGCUGAACAAGAUCCAGAAGUGAUCUUUUUUUUUUCCUUUUUUUUUUUCCCUUUUUUUUUUUUUUUUUUUUUUUUUUGGCGUCUCUUCCCCCUUUCCCCCUGGAGUUACAAACUAUUCCCGAAGCCAGCUGCUGCUCCCGCUCUCGGAAUUUUCCCCCGUGGCAGAACAACCAUCACCGCAGAGACCCGUCGCUGCGGCCGCUUCUCUCGCACAACCCCCUACGCUUAUUUUUCUAGAAAUCUAUAUUAUUCUAUUUUUUUCCCCGUCUCCACGCGUGCCGGCCCCCUCCCUCCCCGUGUCCCUGCGCGCUGUCGUUGCCGCCGCUCCGCGUGUGCGUGCCCACCCGUGACACGGCGGCUCGGCCGAGCUGCGGCUCCAACUUUCCCAGCCGAAAUUUGGCCGGAACAUGUCUCUGACCAACACAAAGACGGGCUUCUCGGUGAAGGACAUUUUGGACCUCCCCGACACCAACGAUGAGGACGGCUCGGCGGAGGGCGGCGAGGAAGAGAGCGAGGCGCCCGAGCCGCCCAGGAAAGCGGGAGUUUUGGGACAAACCCCCUUGGACACUGUUCCGACGCUGCCUUUGAAGAGCCCUUUCUAUGAUAACAGCGAUAAUCCCUACACGCGCUGGCUGGCGAGCGCCGAGGGCAUCCAGUACUCCCUGCACGGGCUGGCGGCCGGCGGCGGCGGCCAGGACCCCUCGGCCAAGUCACCGGAGCCGUCGGCCGACGAGUCGCCCGACAACGAGAAGGAAGCGGCGGGCGGCGGGGACGCGGGGAAGAAGAGGAAGAGGAGGGUGCUCUUCUCCAAGGCGCAGACCUACGAGCUGGAGCGGCGGUUCCGGCAGCAGCGGUACCUGUCGGCGCCCGAGCGGGAGCACCUGGCCAGCCUGAUCCGCCUCACCCCCACCCAGGUGAAGAUCUGGUUCCAGAACCAUCGCUACAAGAUGAAGCGGGCCCGGGCCGAGAAAGGUAUGGAAGUGACUCCUCUUCCCUCCCCGCGGCGGGUGGCCGUGCCGGUCUUAGUCAGGGACGGCAAGCCCUGCCACACGCUCAAAGCUCAGGACUUGGCAGCCGCGACUUUCCAGACGGGAAUCCCCUUCUCCGCCUAUAGCGCCCAGUCUCUACAGCAUAUGCAAUACAACGCCCAGUACAGCGCGACCAGCAACCCCCAGUACCCCACAGCACACCAUUUGGUACAGGCUCAGCAAUGGACUUGGUGAAGGCUGCCGGGGAGCGCGCACACCCGCACACGCUUCCCCCACACGCGCACACACCCAAAAAAAAAAAAAAAAAAAGGAGGAGA